GUCCCCAUUGGCGCCGCGCUCCAGGGACUGGAGUGUGGCGGCCCGGCCUUCCCAGGCUACCGGGUGAAGGUGCUCCGGAAUCGCGUAGCUACCUCGGCACGCUCAUCACAGGCUGGAGUCCGACUGCCUUCCCGAUCCAGUUGUCCGUUGCUGUCCCGGGGACACCACCGAUCUUCUCCCGGAUCCUUUACCUCCUGCUGGUUUUCUUUUCCUGCCUCUCUGGCUUCUAUCUCCCAGCUCAUUUCCCCUCUCUGUUCCCCGCCACCCCACCCCUUAGCCUGCCAGUCCCAGCAUCCCACCUGUCAGCUCCUGCCUUCUGCUCCUCCUUGGCCUCAAAACCCUUGGCCAACAGCCCUGUCAUAACCUUCUUGCCAGACGGCUCUGCGCUCAUCAUUCUCCCCUCUUUGCCGGCUCCUGACUCCCAAAUCCCAGCUCACCCUUGACUUCUUGACAUUUGACCCUGACGCUUGAUUCUAGAGCUCUAAAUUCCUACUUCUUGCAGCCUGGACGUCAGAAGCUGAGGUCUUCCCCUGAUUUCCGACCCCCCAUUCUGAGGCUACUGCUAUCUCACCAUGGACUUUUUGAUGAGUGGUCUGGCAGCCUGCGGGGCCUGUGUGUUCACCAAUCCCCUAGAGGUUGUGAAGACCAGGAUGCAGUUGCAGGGAGAACUGCAGGCCCCAGGCACCUACCAGCGGCACUACCGAAACGUCUUCCAUGCCUUCUUCACCAUUGGCAAGGUGGACGGCCUGGCUGCCCUGCAGAAGGGCCUGGCCCCUGCGCUCUUGUACCAGUUCCUGAUGAAUGGCAUCCGACUGGGCACCUAUGGGCUGGCCGAUUCUAGCGGCUACCUGCACACGGCAGAAGGCACCCUCAGUCCUGUCCGGAGUGCUGCAGCUGGGGGCCUGGCUGGGGUUAUGGGAGCCUAUUUGGGAAGCCCCAUCUACAUGGUGAAGACCCAUCUACAGGCACAAGCUGCAUCUGAAAUUGCCGUAGGGCACCAGUAUAAGCAUCAGGGCAUGUUUCAGGCGCUAACUGAAAUUGGCCAGAAACAUGGACUGGUGGGGUUGUGGCGUGGGGCCCUGGGAGGCCUGCCCCGAGUGGCCGUCGGUUCUUCCACCCAGCUCUGCACCUUCUCCUCCACCAAGGACCUCUUGAGCCAGUGGGAGAUCUUUCCUCCCCAGAGCUGGAAGGUAGCUCUGGCAGCUGCCAUGGUGAGUGGCAUCGCAGUAGUUCUGGCCAUGACACCCUUCGAUGUAGCCAGCACAAGGCUCUAUAACCAGCCCACAGAUGUUCAGGGCAAGGGCCUCAUGUACCGGGGGAUCCUGGAUGCUCUGCUGCAGACAGCUCGGACAGAGGGCAUUUUUGGCAUGUACAAGGGUAUAGGUGCCUCCUACUUCCGCCUCGGCCCCCACACCAUCCUCUCCCUCUUCUUCUGGGACCAGCUGCGCUUCCUCUACCACAAGUACACUAAAUAACAGCCACUUACCCACACUCCACCCGAUUGACCCUUCUGCCUCCACUACUAUAUCCUGGUGAAUAUUGACCAUGUUACUUAUCAUGUGAAGGGGACAGCCAUCCCCACCCCCCGUGUGUUCUCUCAGGGUUGAAUCACGACAAGCAGUAGUUUCCUUCCCUUCCUUAGAUGUUGCUCUGUCAUUCCCACCACCCAGUACAUUUCACACUCCUCUCUCAGGGCUGAACCACUCAAUCCAAAGUGUAUUUUCACCCUCUUUGUGGCCAGCCUUGGGUCCCUAAUGCUCCCAUGAGCAGCUUUAAACUUCCCCCUCCAAGGCCAAAGGGAAUGGGGGAACCCAGGUGUCCUAUUAUUCAAAAGCCUAAACAUUAUAUUGGUUAUAAAGUAAGUUUAUUUCUGCA